GUUCGCGUGCUGGUGGGGCGCCCUCCCGGAACGGGGAUGCGUCCCCCGCCCCACGGCGGGCGCUGCCGCCCCCCGCCCCUCGCCCAAGCGUGGCCGCACACGCGUGUCCCGCCGGCACUGCCCCGGACGCUGCCCGCACUGGGGGGGCUGGCGCUCCCCGCCGCGGCUCCGCUCCCCCGGGGCCCUGCCAGCGCCGGGCAGCGGCGUCCGCAGCGCACCUGCCCCACGCGCGGUGUCCCUGCCCAGCGCCCAGCAUCCCUGCCGCUGGCACAGUGUUCCUGCCGCUGCCGUCACUUGGCCGGGACACGGGGGACCGCGGUGACGGGAUGGCCCGGAGGGUGCUGUCACGCCGCGGGGGUGCGCGUGGGUGGUCGUGACGCGGGGAGCAUGCGGGACCGUAUCGGUGGUGCUGCAGACGCGGACGGUCCGAGCACGGCUGCCCCCGGCAGUGCCCCCCAGGGCAGGACCCGGCAGGAGCGGGAGCGGCCGCGUGGAUCCCCGGGGUUUGGUCGCUCCGGCGGCCGGUCCGUGGGGUCGGCGGCCGGGGGUACGGGGGGUGCCCGGGGCUGGCGGCCGCUGGCAGGUGUCACGGCAGACGGGAAGUGGCGGCUGCAGACAAAGGACCAGGCUGGGGGCGGGGAGCUGCGCGAGGCUGGACGUGAGCUCCGCGGGGGGCCCGUGGGGGGGACGGGACUCCCCCUCUGCGCCCGGGGGUCCCGGCCCCCUGACCCUCCACCCGCCAGCAGAGAUGUCCCCUAG